CCAUUACAGACAAAUAAAAAGAUGAACGAAGAAAGUCCACCACAGCAGCGCAUGCCCGGAAAGCUGUCAGCAAGUAGGCUAGGCAAAUUUGAUGAUCUGCCGUUACAACGCUCGCCAGUUGGGAAAAAGAAAAUUCCAGCCAAACCGACGAUUAAAUCACCGAAACCAGAUUUUCCGGCAAAAAGAAUCACACGACCAGUGUCAAAAGAAACAACCCUGCCUGACAACCCAAUAUUUCAUUCACCCAUGAUACUGGUAUCAACGGUUGAUGGCAAAACAACAUGCGACCAGUCGACCUUAACCAAACUGAGAGAAAUAGAGAAACCAUUGAACAUAGUUUCUGUAGUUGGGACACUGAGAACUGGAAAAUCCUUCAUCUUGAAUAAACUGGCCAGUCACGGUUCAGCCGGUGACAAAUCUUGGUUUGAGACUGGUCACACAACGACAGCUGUGACAAAAGGUAUCUGGGUAAUGUGUCGGCCACACCCUACACAGGAAGACCAAGUUCUUGUUUUACUAGAUACAGAAGGGAUUGAUGAUCCUGAUAAGGUGGAUAUAGAAGACGACAAAAACCUGUUUGUACUUGCCACGCUUUUAUCCAGCACAAUGGUUUACAAUACAAGAGGGAACUUUGAUAGAACUGCAAUUGAAAAAUUUAAAUUUUUAAACAGAAUUAAGACGUCAAUAAAGGUGAGCGGCUCGGAAGAAGACGAUUCUAUCCUUGAUUUCUUUUUCCCGAACUUCGUUCUCACACUAAGGGAUGUUACUCUUGAAUCUAAUGAGGAGGACGAUGAUACUUAUCUGGAAGAUAUGUUAAAGCUUAAACGACGCAAGAAAGGUGAAAUUAUCAAAGAAGAUUCCUUAAAAGAAUACAAUCUUCCAAGAAUGCUUAUCCGAAGAUAUUUCAAAAACAGAAAAUGUUUCCGAUUUAGGAAACCGGUCAAACGUGAUCUGCUGAAAAUGUUGAUGACGCUGCCAGAGAAUACCCUGAAGAGAGAAUUUCAGGAAACGCUGAACGAGUUCCGGAAGUAUAUAUUUUCGUGUGAGCCAAAGUUACUGAAAUCAGGAAAAGCAAUAAAUGGCAGGAUGUUAAGUUCCCUAUUGCUGAAUUAUGUCCAUUCCAUACAAGUUGGAGAGUCUCCAUGUUUGACAAGCGCAAUGAUUUCAAUGUCGGCAGUGGAAAAUACACAUGUAGUCCAGAAAGCUUCGGAAAUAUAUAAACGUGAAAUGCAAAGACGUCUUACUUCCCAUUCACCGAGCGAAAAAGGUCUUGUUAACUAUCACAAGGACAGUAUGAAAGCUGCUCUUGAAGUUUUGAAGUCUGGACUAAUUAUUGACGAUGAACAAAUCUAUGAAGAACAGGCAAUGGUUUGCUUCAAAAACCAGUUUGAAAACUUCAAGAAUAUUGUCACGAAAGAUUUAGAAGCAAAAUGUUUGAAUACACUAGGAAGACUGGAUACAAUGAAAAUACAAGUGAAGAUAAAGAAUCGAAAAUACUGCACACCAACAGGCUAUGAUGAUUAUAUGAAAGAUAUAGACUCCUUGAUCCAGCAGUUCAAUAGAGAAGUCGGUUACAUGGGAUCUGUGGCGAGAAUCGUUCUUCAAGAGUUUCUUGAUAAAAAGGUAGAAGAAGAAGAAAUUGUGUACAAAAUGGUUCUAGAGGCACUAGAUGGGCAAGAAGGGCCAGCAAGGAGAAAGAUCAAGCGCUUGAGUUUGUUCAGAGAAGAAGAUGCUAACAUUUUAAAGGAGGAAGAAGAAGUUGAAGAAGCAAUUCGAGCUGAUAUUGAAAUGUUACAAGUCAACGGCUUACAGAACAUCGGAACACAAUACCUUGGCAUGCUGAAGACAAAAAUUGAAGAAGUAGACAGAGUGAAGAAAGAGCUCACUCGGAGCGACUCAUACUACCAUAAAUUAUGUAAAGAAACGGCACAUUGGAAAAACAUUUUUGAGAAGGCUACAUUUAAUUUGUCCCACUAUAGGAAGCAGCUAAAACCAGUAACUGAGCAAAAAGAAACGGAUAUGCAAGGCACAACUUAUAAUGAGCCUUGGGAAGAUGUUAUAGGGCAGCUUUGGAAGAAAGCGCUGGAGAAAGAUGAAUCUAUAGAUGAAGAUGAUGUCACGUCACAAUGUUCUUUUGAUGAGGAGGAUUUCAAACCUGCAAAAGAAGGUUCAGCAAGUGGAGACGGUUUAACGGUUCUGCCUGACAGAGUUUCACCGGAGGGAAUGUCCGACGACCCAGUUUAUCGUGACCCUGCUCCUGUUGAAGAACGAAGAAAAUCGGAUAAAUGUAACAUCAUAUAAAAGCUACUGUUAUAAGACAAUUCUGCUUGGCAGUUACGUGCUGAUUGAGCUUAGAAUUAAGAUUUUAUGGGCUAAUGUUUAAUUUUCGGAAAAACAUGAUGUGUCCGAGUGUAAGUACAUGUGGCUAAUGGAAAAAUACUAGAACGAUUGUUGGUAUAUACGUAUACAUGCACUGUGUAACUGUGUAUCAUUAUCAUUUCAGAUUCUAUCAUUAUCAUUUCAGAUUCUUUGCAUUACACUGUAAAAAUAUAUUAUAUUGUUGAAAAUCUUCAAAAGCAUGAUUGAGAGCAAAAUUUCAAUAGUGAUUGCAUCGCAGUGCAUCCGGAAAAAGUACAAUAAACUGCAAAUAUAUAAUAUGACGUCCAGACGCAUGCGUGUUUCAUAGA